GCCUCGUCAGCUGAGCACCAAGAGCAGCCGGGACUCCUCCCCAGUUGUGCCCCCCCCAAAUUUUUGGGUGCCCCCUCCCCAAAUUUUGGGACUCCCGCCCAAUUUUGGAGGGUUCUGGCUGCAGGGCCACCCCUGGAAGAAUUUGGGGAUUUUGGUUCAAACCCCGCAGUUCCUGCAGAAGUUCCCGCUGGGCAAGGUCCCGGCGUUCGAAGGGGACGACGGAUUCUGCGUCUUCGAGAGCAACGCCAUCGCCUACUAUGUGAGCACGGAGGAGCUGCGGGGCAGCACGCCCGAGGCAGCAGCAGCGGUGCUGCAGUGGGUGAACUUCGCUGACAGCGACGUGGUGCCCCCGGCCAGCACCUGGGUGUUCCCCACCCUGGGGAUCCUGCACUACAACAAACAGGCCACCGAGCUGGCCAAGGAGGAGGUGCGCCGCGUGCUGGGGGUGCUGGACGCGCACCUGAGAACCAGAACCUUCCUGGUGGGGGAGAGGGUGAGCCUGGCCGACAUCAGCCUGGUGUGCGCCCUGCUCUGGCUCUACAAACAGGUACGGGGCACCUGGCACGGGUACGGCACACCUGGGACAGGUACGGCACACCUGGGACAGGCCCAAAAAAGUGAGUUUUGGGGCGUUUUUUGAGUAGAAAAAGCCGAAAUUAACCCCGAGUUUUUUGUGACAAAAGCCAAGAAGUUUGCAGAGAGCCAGGCCCGGAAGGAGAAGGAGAAGGAGCCCCCCAAGAAGGAGAAGGAGCCCCCCAAGAAGGAGAAGCCCCCCAAGAAGGAGGAGAAGCGGCCGGAGCCCGACGAGGAGCUGGACGAGUGCGAGCAGGUCCUGGCAGCUGAGCCCAAGGCCAAGGACCCCUUUGCUCACCUGCCCAAGAGCCCGUUUGUCCUGGACGAGUUCAAGCGCAAGUACUCCAACGAGGACACGCUGGGGAUGGGGUCACUCGGGGGUUUGGGGUCACUCAUGGUCACUCAUGGUCACUCGGGGGUCACUCAGCCUCAGCCUUCAUCCUCACCCUCCUCACCCUCGCCCUGCCCCGUCUCCCCAGGGAUGUUCCAGCGCCUGGACAAGCUGCGCAAGAACGCCUUCGCCUCGGUGGUGCUGUUUGGGAGCAACAACGACAGCAGCAUCUCGGGGGUCUGGGUGAUGAGGGGCCAGGAGCUGGCCUUCACGCUGUGCCCCGACUGGCAGGUGGAUUACGAGUCCUACACCUGGCGCAAGCUGGACCCCGAGAGCGCCGAGUGCCGGACGCUGGUGCAGGAAUAUUUCCUGUGGGAGGGGGAGUUCCGGCACGUGGGGAAACCCUUCAACCAGGGCAAGAUCUUCAAGUGAAUUUUGGGCUGAAAUCCCGGGAUUUGGGGCUCAAAUCCCGAAUUUUUUGGCUCAAAUCCCAGGAUUUUGGGGCUGAGAUUCUGGGAUUUCAAACCCUUUAACCAGGGCAGGAUCUUCAAGUGAAAAAUUUUGGCUCAAAUCCCAGGAUUUUGGGGUUGAAAUUCUGGGAUUUGGGGCUCAAAUCCCAGGAUUUCAGGACCCUUCAACCAGGGCAAGAUCUUCAAAUGAUUUGGGGUCAAAUCCCGGGAUUUUGGGGCUGAAAUCCCGGGAUUUCAAACUCUUCAACCAGGGCAAGAUCUUCAAGUGAAAGAUUUGGGCUCAAAUCCUGGAAUUUUGGGGCUCAAUUCCCGACAUUUUUGGCUCAAAUCCUGGGAUUUUGGGUUCGAAUUCUGGGAUUUCAGAACCCUUCAACCAGAGCAAGAUCUCCAAGUGAAUUUUGGGGCUCAAAUCCCAGGAUUUUUGGCUCAAAUCCCAAAAUUUUUGGCUCAAAACCUGGUAUUUUGGAGCUGAAACUGUGGAAUUUCAGAACCUUUCAACCAGGGCAAGAUCUUCAAGUGAAAUUUGGGCUCAAAUCCUGGAAUUUUGGGCUGAAAUCCCAAAAUUUUUGGCUCAAAUCCCGGGAUUUUGGAGCUCUUCAACCAAGACAAGAUGUUCAAGUCCUGCCCUGGGAUUUUGGGCUGAAAUCCCAAAAUCUUGGGCUCAAAUCCCAGGAUUGUGGGGCUCAAGUCCUGGGAUUUUGGGCUGAAAUCCCGGGAUUUCGGGGCCCUCCGGUUCUGCAGCCCCGCUCCAAUAAAAAAGCUUCGGACAGGA